GGUCUGCAGUAAAGAUGGCGGCGCAGUGUGGUUACGGAACACAGGUAUUGAUCUUGAGUUGAGCUGUGGGCCGUUGCUGUCGCUUCCUGCCGGUGUGUGUCGGUGUGUGUCGGUGAGAGGAUGGCCCACCGCUACCUGCGGCUGUCCGCCGGCUGCAGGAGCCUGUUCCGGCUGCUGCUGCCCUCCAACGCUCCGGCCAGGCUGGUGAUGUAUUCCAGCACGGUGGGACAGGUAGCCAGUGGGCGGAGCCUGCUGAGAGACCUGCUGGGAGCCUACAGGAGACUUAGCUCCAGACCACCUAAAGGUUUUGAGAAAUAUUUUCCAGAAAGUCAGAAAACUCCAAAAACCCCUGAAGCAGCAACCAAAGAAUCCAAAUCUGACGAUUCUCAGAAAAACUCUGGGCGGUCAGAAGGAGGAGCAGGAGGAGCUGGAGGAGCUGGAGGAGGAGGAGGAGGAGGAGGAGGAGGAGGAAAACGAGGAGGCCGUAGGGACGACUGGUAUGACCGUCUGCAGAAGGGGGACGUUCCCUGGGACAGUAAAGACUUCCGGUUGUACUUCCUGAGCGCAGCAGCCUUCUGGUCAGCCGUUGCCUAUUAUUUCUUCUUCAGGGAUGGAGGUCGAGAAGUCACCUGGAAAGACUUUGUCAACAACUACCUGUCCAAAGGAGUGGUCGACCGGUUGGAGGUGGUCAACAAGCGCUUUGUCAAAGUGGUUUUCUCUGCUGGGAAGACGCCGGUGGACGGGCAGUACGUGUGGUUCAACAUAGGCAGUGUGGACACGUUUGAGAGGAACCUGGAGACGGCGCAGUACGAGCUCGGCAUCGAGGGCGAGAACAGACUGCCGGUGGUUUAUUCCACUGAGAGUGACGGAACCUUCCUACUGAGCAUGCUCCCCACCGUGCUCAUCAUCGGCUUCCUGCUCUUUAUGCUGCGGCGGGGUCCUGCGGGGGUGGGGCGUCCCGGCCGUGGGAUGGGUGGGCUGUUUAGUGUCAGUGAGACGACGGCGAAGGUCCUGAAAGACGAGAUCGACGUCAAGUUCAAAGACGUGGCGGGCUGCGAGGAGGCCAAGCUGGAGAUCAUGGAGUUUGUCAACUUCCUGAAGAACCCCAAACAGUACCAGGACCUGGGUGCCAAGAUCCCAAAGGGAGCCAUCCUGACGGGGCCUCCAGGAACAGGAAAGACUCUUCUGGCCAAAGCGACAGCGGGCGAGGCCAACGUCCCGUUCAUCACCGUCAACGGCUCAGAGUUCCUGGAGAUGUUCGUGGGCGUCGGCCCUGCCAGGGUCAGAGAUCUGUUUGUCAUGGCGAGGAAGAACGCCCCCUGCAUCCUCUUCAUCGACGAGAUCGACGCCGUGGGACGCAAACGAGGACGAGGAAACUUUGGAGGACAGAGCGAGCAGGAGAACACGCUGAACCAGCUACUGGUGGAGAUGGACGGGUUCAACACAGUGACCAACGUUGUGGUUCUAGCAGGAACAAACAGACCGGACAUCCUGGACCCGGCUCUGAUGAGACCAGGACGCUUCGACAGACAGAUUUACAUCGGUCCCCCGGAUAUCAAAGGACGAGCGUCCAUCUUUAAAGUUCACCUGCGUCCUCUGAAACUGGAGGUGGAGCUGGACAAAGACACUCUGGCCAGAAAGAUGGCCGCCCUCACACCUGGAUUCUCAGGCGCCGACAUUGCUAACGUUUGUAAUGAGGCGGCUCUGAUCGCCGCUCGCCACCUUUCAGAUGCCAUCAACCAGAAGCACUUCGAACAGGCCAUCGAGAGAGUGAUCGGAGGUCUGGAGAAGAAGACUCAGGUCCUGCAGCCGGAGGAGAAGAAGACUGUGGCAUAUCACGAGGCGGGUCACGCCACCGCUGGAUGGUUCCUGGAGCACGCCGACCCUCUGCUGAAGGUGUCCAUCAUCCCCAGAGGGAAGGGUCUGGGUUACGCUCAGUACCUGCCUAGAGAGCAGUACCUGUACACCAAAGAGCAGCUGCUGGACCGCAUGUGUAUGACUCUGGGAGGACGAGUCUCAGAGGAGAUCUUCUUCGGACGCAUCACCACCGGAGCUCAGGAUGACCUCCGAAAGGUCACCCAGAGCGCCUACGCACAGAUUGUUCAGUUCGGGAUGAAUGAGAAGGUGGGUCAGGUCUCCUUUGACCUCCCUCGACAGGGUGAGAUGGUUCUGGAGAAACCCUACAGCGAAGCUACGGCUCGUCUCAUCGACACUGAGGUUCGAACCCUCAUCAGUGAGGCAUACCAGAGAACCUACCAACUGCUGAGUGAGAAGAAGGCCGAGGUGGAGAAGGUGGCGCUACGGCUGCUGGAGAAGGAGGUUCUGGAUAAGAACGACAUGGUAGAACUGCUGGGCAAACGUCCAUUUGCAGAGAAGUCGACGUACGAAGAGUUUGUGGAGGGAACCGGAGGCGAGGAUGAGGACACGACGCUGCCGGAGGGUCUGAAGGACUGGAACCAGGAGAGAAAGGACAAGGAUGAGAGCCAGGACGAGCAGGUGGCCCGGCAGAUCUCGGGAGGAAUGCCCUUCUAGAACCUGAACAUCACAUAUAUCUGACAUAUUCUGUCUGGAGUUCUGGAGUCUCAAUCUUUCACGAGGUCGAGAACCUUUACACUAACUUCCAGAAUAAACAUCAAGAACUCUGCACCUGCUCCUAGAACCUUUAGCCUAAGUUCUAAAACAUUCUGUUGGAUGUGUGGGUUCUGCCACCAGUUUAAAACCCCACCCAACCCUCCCACAUGUCCAGAACCAUGGUCAUCCAGAGCUCUCCAUCUUCAAGGUGUAGAACCCUCUGAGAGAACGCAAAUUUUCCUCCAGACCUUCUCCCCAUAGUUCUAGAAACAUUACAUCAGCUUAAGGAUCCAUUGCACUAUAUUCUGUAAGCUAGAACCAACACUGACUAAUAGAACCCAUUGAUUGCUGUUUGAUGUAAUUAAUAACCUUCGGUUCCAAGCAGGGUUCUAGGUCAUUUACACAAAAUGUUCUCUAUCUGGAGUUCCUUUACAUCCCAAGUUAGAACCAGUUCUGAAUGGAAGAACCCUGUCACUGAGUACAGAGAACUGGUCUAACUCCAUUUUAGGGUUCUCCAUCAAACAGAGUUUAUACUUCCUGUGUGAGGUUCUGGAUCCGGACUCUGCAGCAGCUGGUUCCGAUAACGGAGCGAGAACCACCUACUGACGGAUGAACACUGAAAGGAUCUUCAGCACUUAUUUAUCGACAGAUAUUGAUCCACAACCCAAUGAAAUGGAGGUUCUGGAAGUUUAUCAUCACUGUUACCACGGUAACCGUGCUGCAGUGAGAGUGAAGUGUUAGCUGAAGGCUAACAGAGAGAAAUGCUAAUGCAGUCUGUGCUGGUAUUUGGUAUUGAUUAGGUAUUGAUCAGUAAUUGCUAGCCUGUAGCUGACUGUCAUUGUAUUCGUGGUAAUAAGAAUGUGUAAAUGUGUGUUCUGUUUCAUAAUUCAAAUAAAUCAAUAAUCUAUCGAUCAUUAAAAGAAAAAUGUUUUUCUUCAAUGAAAAAAAAUCAAAAACAUAUAUUCAAUAAUGUAUCAAUAUUCAAUAAUGUAUCAAUAUCAAUAACUUAUCAAUAUUCAAUAACUUAUCAAUAUUCAAUAAUGUAUCUGUUGUGAAUUCUUCAUGUUCAGAGACAUUUCAUUUUAUGAAACUACAACUCUUAUUUUGAAAGUACAGCGGUCGUUUUUCCCUCUUUUCGCGCAUUUCUGUUACUCCGUCAUUGGUGCAGAAGUCACUGACGAUAAACUGAUCUGUUAUGCACCAUCAUACUGCAUCGUUUGUUAUAUUCUCAUUCUGGCAGUAAAGACUGUAAAUGAA